CUUGCUGGACCGGAACCAUGAGUUGGAGCAGGGGCUGCAGCAGAUGUACUCCACCAACCAGGAGCAGCUGCAGGAGAUUGAGGUGGACUCCAAGUUGUAGACACAUCUCAAGCAUGAUCAAUGGAAACAGGAUGCACCUGAGCUCAAUUUCAAGUCUCGUAGCGAAGGUUCUGAAUACUUAUGUAAAUAAGGUAUUUCUGUUUUUUAUUUGACUCAAUUUGCAAAAAUGUCUAAACCUGUUUUCACUUUGUCAUUAUGGGGUAUUCUGUGUAGAUUGCUGAGGAUUUUUUGUUUGUUUUGUAUUUAAUCAAUUUUAGAAUAAUGCUGUAACAUAACAAAGAUUGCUGAGGAUUUUUUGUUUGUUUUGUAUUUAAUCAAUUUUAGAAUAACGCUGUAACAUAACAAAAUGUGGAAAAAGUCAAGGGGUCUGAAUACUUUCCGAAGGAACGGCACCUGUCCUGUAUGUAAACAAAAACAGGACUUUGGUGUUCAAAAGCAAUAAGAAGCUUAGCUCAACUGUAUGACGUCAUUAGGAAACAACCCUACGCACAGACCAACAAGUCCACCAAUGGGAGCGGACAGUCCACAUUGACAAAUCUCUCCCCCAAAUCUCUUUUCUUGUCAGGCUCUUCCGAUCGUUAGUUUCCUCUCGUUAAAUGGGAUCAAGUGAAAGCCUGUCUGGAUUAGCUCAUGACUUAAUUGGUCCUUGGCAUGGUGCAUUGCAUGGACAGGUAUUUGUCUGACUAUCUUUAAGGCACCUUUAGGACACCUUUCACCUCCUCUCUGUAAGCAGAGCAGUGGCCAACAGCUUUAUGCUUCCUUCAGUAGCCAAAGGCUUAAGUCAAGGUAGUGAACUUUCACAUGGUUACUACUGAUGUUAUCCUGCCUCUCAACACAGAGUAUCUAAGGCUGUGUUUAGACAGCAGAGCCUAAGAGAACUUGGUGUGCAAAUGCUCUUUCCUGCCUCGCACCUCAUGAUAUAUGAUGGUGUGUUCAACGACCUCCAUUUUGGGGUUGCCUAAUAGUACCCUCACUAUAUUCACGGGAUGUAUCCUGCUGAGUACUCACACACACAUGUUCUCAGUUAGGGUGGUGGUACAAACAACAUGACAUUUUCGUAUCAGACCUUUCUGCCUUUCCUCCAUCAUCCUGACUAGUGACCACUUAAGUAUGAACUCCUUGCUUGUUCACAAGUGUCGACUUGCGCUAUAGGCGCCGGGCAUGCGGCACAGGUCUGAUUUGUACAGUAAUUUCCAAACAAAUAAGUAUGAACAGAUCUGUACAAAGAUUAGCAAAUAUGUGCACUGCACAGGUGCUAGCUUUGGGCGACCAUGGUGGAACAAGCAGUAUGUGUUCGGUGAGCAGUCUCAACGAGUUCACACACAGGUGAUGCAUUCAAAGGGUGUUCAGGUGCAAACGUGUUCGUUCAGCACACAACCAACCACAGGGGAUUUUAACAUUGACCAAAAAUGUCAAUUCCACAGUAACAGAAUGAUGCUGAGACUCCCAAUUUUCCACUUUCAAAUGUACGAAAAAUAAAAACCAAUGAUCGCAAAGUUAAAAAAAAAUAAAAACGUAGAAAGGACAACUUUUAACAAUUUCCACAGAAAAUUACAAAAACAUGUUUACUUGAAGAACAGUGCAGAGGCAAUGUUUGGUAACAGAAUGACGGCACAAACAGCAGAGACCAUCAUUUUGUUACCGUGGAAUAGCUCAAGAGGAGCCUAAGACCGGGUACAGACACCACAUAUAGAUAUGGUCAGAUACAUGGGAUUACAAUUCUAAGCCCUGAAGGCAUUGGCCUCAUAAUAAGCACUGUAAAGAAUUUUAAGAUCCUUUGUUGACCUGCUGUCAGCUAGAUGGUCUCUCCAGUAAUUAAAAUAGAACGGGACAGUUGGUUCAGUCAGUAAUAGUCGGACAUCCUGGGGUUAAACGUCAAGGCAGAGGUCUUAGACUAGAGGGUUAAAACCUCUAUAGGAUCGGUGCCCCCCCCUCCCCGCUGGACGGUUGAGCUAACGUGCGCUAAUGUGAUUAGCAUGACGUUGUAAGUAACAAGAACAUUUUCCAGGACAUAGCUAUGUCUUACAUGGGCAUAAAGCUUAAAUUCUUGUUCAUCCAACUGCACUGUCUAAUUUACAGUACCUAAUACAGUGAAAUAAUACCAUGCUAUUGUUUGAGGAGAGUGCACAGUUAUGAACUUAAACGUUUCAAUUAACCGAUUUGGGCAGACUUGAUACAUUUUGAACAGUAAUGCAACGGUUCAUUGGAUCAGUCUAAAACUUUACACAUACUGCUGCCAUCUAGUGACCAAAAUCUAAAUUGCGCCUAGAGUUCUAAGUCAUGUAAUGGCCUUAUUAUUGCAUUUCAAAGAUGAUGGAACAAAAAGAGACUGCAUGUUUUUUUUAUUUGUAUUAUCUUUUACCAGAUCUAUUAUGUUCUAUUCUCCUACAUUAAUUUCACAUUUCCACAAACUUUAAAGUGUUUCCUUUCAAAUGGUAUCAAGAAUAUGCAUAUCCUUGCUUCAGGUCCUGAGCUACAGACAGUUAGAUUUGGGUUUGUCAUUUUAGGUGAAAAAUGAAAAAAAGGAUUGGAUCCUUUAACAGAGGAAUAUAGGCUUUUUAUUUUCAGCUAAUGGUUAGAUGGAUAUGUAAAGUUCAAUGUACUAUUGUCACCUAUUCAACUACUGUGACUGUGUUAUUCAUCUGUCAGUAUUGUGACACUGCUAUUGUUUUUCACUUUGGACUCUUAAGAUCUUUGUACAUUUUUGACUGCAAGAUCAGUAAAGUAUAUUGUAAUUAUUCGCCUACCUCCUCAUGCCUUUUGCACACAAUGUAUAUAGACUUUCUUUUUUUCCUACUGUGUUAUUGACUUGUUUACUCCAUGUGUAAAUCUGUUAUCUGUUCACACUGCUUUGCUUUAUCUUGGCCAGGUCUCAGUUGUAAAUGAGAACUUUUUCUCAACUAGCCUAACUGGUUAAAUAAAGGUGAAAAAAAUAAUUCAAUAAAUCUUUCACAUGUAAUUGAACCAGCUCAAAGUUCCAUUGAUGUAUUUUUCAACUGAAGUGUCUCUCUGAAGGAGAUCCCUGAGUGAUUUGGGUUAGGGCUUUAUCCUCCUAUGCCUCGUCUGCCAGUCAGUUAAUAUCAAAAUCUAAUGAUUUGAAUUAGACGUGAUGGUUAAGCCUAAAUUCGAGGGCACACGGGGAUCACUUAGGAGUCCUUCAACAAGUGGCAGUGACCCAUCCUGAUAAUGCUAAGUGGUAUAUGUCCCAGCUCCAUGCUUGCAUAAAGUAGUCUGGUCACAAAGCCAGUGUUUUGCCAGUUCAAAAGUGUGUUCGGUGCUACUGGUCCUCUUCACUGACCUGUUUCUUAAUGGAUCAUUGAUCUGAGAAUCGAAUUGCAAGAAUAAGAGGACUCGCAUACUGUAUCAGUCAUAAUGGAACCAUAAUUAAAUGCUUGAUCAAUACUUACAUACAGUAAACUCUAUCACAUGACAAACGCUGGACCCUAUUAGUGGACCCAAAAACUGUUCUAUCCAUCCUAUUUCAAUGGCAAUUACCUUUGACCUCCUCCCAGUACCUGACUAAGCAGGUGGAUUUGCUGAGGCAAAUGAAUGACCAGCAUGCUAAGGUAUACGAGCAGCUAGAUGUGGCGGCCAGAGACCUGGAGCAGGGCAACCACAGGCUGAUUCUGGACAACCGCGUCGCCCAGCAGAGGAUCAACUGCCUGACAGAAACAAUCAACAGUCUUGAGACCCACAUGGAGGACUUGCAGACCCAGGUGGAGGAGCUGAAGAUAGCCCAGUCUGACCGGAGCAGGAGAGAACUGGCCGAACAGAGACACAACCUCGGAGCACAGAGUGUGUCCUGCCUCAAGGAGCUGUAUGACCUGCAGAAAGACAAGUACAUGGCCUAUGAGAGCCUGCGUGUGGAGCAUUCCUGGCCAGCAAGGAAGGAGUCCUGUCAGGACCCCGACCCCGAUGAGGAGAACUCUGUGCUCCAGCGCUCCAUCCAGACCCUGCAGGCUGUUCUGGCCUCUGAGCGGGGGAAGCGGGAGGCAGCGGAACAGGAGACUGAGCUGACUGCCAGGGAGAACGGGGCUCUGGAGCAGCAGCUGGCCCUGCUGGAGGGCUGCCGGGCUAGGCAGAGGGAGCUGGAGGCAGAGGUCGAGGAGCUACGGCAGCUGUGGCAGGCCGACUACGCCAACAUCGUCAGGAGACCUGACCGGCUACUGCUGCCUGACACUGUCUUCUUCGCCCCAGAGGAGAAGCCCAGUCUGGUACAAAAGGAGGAGGAAGUGGGGGAGCAGGGGAGGCGCAGCCUGCAGAGGUGCAACAGCGAAAGUGUUCUGAAGGGGACACUAGCAGACGACAUCCGGCGGGGGCAUGAGCGUACAUGUAUCAGAAGAGCAGAGGCGGUGAAGCAGAGAGGAAUCUCCCUGCUCAAUGAGGUGGACGCCCAGUAUAGUGCACUGCAGGUCAAAUACGAGGAGCUUCUGCGGCGCUGCCAGCUGGGGGCAGACGGGCUCAGUCACAAGGCCGUGCAGACACCCCACAGUUCCCACGGCACUGUCAGUUACCCCCGACGGCGCCUCUCAAGCUCGGCCACCUCCAUCGGGCUCCCAGCUGUCCCCGAAGACAACGGGCCUCAGCCGGAGUACAAGGCCCUUUUCCAGGAGAUCUUCACCUGCAUCCAGAAGACCAAAGAGGACCUAAGUGAGAACAAGUGUCCGGGUCAUUGACUCUGGGGACAGUGAUGGCAGUAUUUGUUCUUUCUGCACCUUUGAAUUAACUGCUCAAGAAGAUAUUGCUAUAGGAGAGGGCCUCAAAUAGCAGAUUCCAAAGGGUGUGUGCGCACGUGCACUAACACCUGUACCUCUUAUACAACAUGUGCCCUGUUGUCUCCUUCAGUCCUGUCAACGCUAUCACCUCGACAAGCUCCGAUGGUUUCAUAAGCACUUCUUAUCUACUGUCCAUCCCUUUGACUACUUUCCAUCCUUAUCUACAAGUUUGUUUUUGACGCAAACAUAUCCAGGUCAGAGGUUGAUAAAUGGAUUGUUUGAGUCCUGAUGCUAUCGCCUCUUAGCAUCCGACUGCUCUUAUGCCUCAUUUAGCUCGAUUUAGAUGGCACCACCUCUUCACUUGAAGUCAAUGGGUGCAGUAAUAUUAGCAACCAGGGUUUUUCUAUUCUUUUGUUUUCUACUAAAUUCAAGUAAUCAUAGCAUUUAGAAUGGUAUGUGUAUGUACCAUAGAUUUGUCUUGCAGCUUAAUGAGUAGGCCUACGCUGUGUUUGAAAGUGUUUGUUUGUACGCUGAUACCACGUACAGAACCACCAUUGUACAGAUCUUGAACUUGCUUAGACUAUCUAGCAGUCUGUGUUCAAUCCACUUAGUGUUAAGUCUGUCGGGGGAGCCAUACCUUUUGUGCACACUGUACAUAUUGCCAAAUUAUAGAUUUAACUACAUCUGUGGACCUUUUUAUUAUGCCAACUUAAGAGUACUGGACUGGAUGGAGUACUUUAUAGAUGCACUAUAUAUAUAUCUAGAUCUCCACACAAAAGUAUGUGGACACCCAUUCAAAUGAGUGGAUUUGUUUAUUUCAGCCACACCUGUUAGCAACAGGUGUAUAAAAUCGAGCACACAGCCAUGCAAUCUCCAUAGACACACAUUGGCAGUAGAAUGGCCUUACUGAAGAGCUGUGUGACUUUCAAAGUGGCACCGUCAUAGGAUGCCUCAUCAAAUUUCUGCCCUGGCAGACCUGCCCAGGUCAACUAAGUGCUGUUAUUGUGAAGUGAAAACAUCUAGGAGCAUCAACGGUUCAGCCGCGAAGUGGUAG